AUGAGCUCUUCAGAAAAUAUUUCCAUUGAUCUUAAUAUUUUGCCAAAAAAUCUCGACCCAUGUUCAGAACAAGAUACUCAAAAUAUUGAGAGCAUUAGCAACUCUACGUCAAUGUUAGAGUGUAGUGACAAUAGACGUAAAAGGAAUUUUCUGUCAAACCAAACAAAGAGAAGUAUUUACCAAAUGUUGCUUGAAGAAAGUAGAGAUGGGAAGAUUAAGAGAGGUGUAUUUUCAAAAGUUGCAGAAACAUUUUCAGUGUGCAGGAAAACUGUAUCUCGAAUAUGGUAUGCAGGAAACGAUGUUCGUAGUCGAAGUGGUGUUGCUCCCGAUUUUUCAUGCAAGUUGCCGAGAAGUAAUGGACGCAAAAGAGUUGAAUUGAGUUUAGAACAAAUCAAAGCCAUUCCGCUCCGACGUCGAACAAAUAUAAGAUCGUUGUCAAAGGCCUUGGGAAUGUCAAAAUCAACUAUCCAUAGAAGAAUUCAAGAAGGAUAUCUCCGACCACAUUCAAAUGCUGUGAAACCAAAAUUGACAGAGGAGAACAAGAGGUCCAGGUUAGAGUUUUGUUUGUCUAUGAUUAAUAGAGAUGUGGCUUUAUCUUCCCUUAUGUUCAAUAACAUGCAUGACGUUAUUCAUGUCGACGAAAAAUGGUUUUACAUAUCCAAUACAACACAAAAAUAUUAUCUCCACCAAGAUGAGAGUGAGCCAUAUCGAGCAUGCAAAAGUAAAAGAUUUAUCUUCAAAGUGAUGUUCAUGGCUGCUGUUGCCCGGCCACGUUUCGAUAAUGCGUCGAAUAGUUUCUUUGAUGGGAAACUCGGAAUAUGGCCCUUUGUUUACAAAGAACCAGCAAAGCGAAACAGUAAGAAUCGUGCUUCGGGUACAUUGGAGACGAAACCAGUUGUAUCGGUUACUAAACAAGUGAUUCGAGCAGGGUUUCUUGAGAAACUUUUGCCAGCAAUAAGGGAGAAAUGGCCGUCUCUAAAUGGUAGAAGAAUCUAUAUCCAACAAGAUAAUGCGAAACCUCAUUUGCAUGUUAAUGAUCCUGAGUUUGUGGAGGCUGCAAGACAAGAUGGGUUCGACAUUCAUUUGUGUUGUCAGCCAGCAAAUAGUCCCGAUUUAAAUGUAUUAGAUCUAGGAUUCUUUCGUGCUAUUGAUUCACUUCAACAUCAAGAGGCUCCAUCUACAAUUGAUGAGUUGGUUUUAGCAGUUCAGAAGGCCUAUGAUAUAUUUCCGGUGGAAGAGCUGAACAACGUCUUCUUGACGUUACAAUCUUGCAUGGUCGAAGUGAUGCGAACUUUAGGUGGAAACGACUACAAAAUUCCUCAUAUGAACAAGAAAAAAAUGAGUCGAGCAGGACAAUUACCAGAGACAUUGGAGUGUGACCGUAAGAUUUUUGAUGAUGCAAAACUCUUUUUGGAAAAUAGAGUUGGUGAUCAGUGA